AUGGCAACUUGUAUUCAAUCAUCACCGGGUACACCUUAUCGUUCUGCUCGAAGUCGAUCAUAUGAAACAACAUAUCAACGAGAAUUUUCUGCUUUGAAAAGAUCAUUAACUAUUGACGAAGGUGUUUCGAGUGGACAACGAUUUUUAAUUGGAUAUCCUUAUCAAUUAAAUGGUCCAGUUGGUAUUUCAUCUUAUACAACGGAUUAUCCACAUCAAAAGGAUAUACAACGAGAACCUAUUGCUCGUCCAAAUACGCCUAGAGCCAAUCGACCUCAUCCUCAUCCACAAUUCACUCAUUGGAUUCGUCGUCCUGCAACGGUUGCUGCUCCAGUUGUAUCCGAGGAAACAAAACAAGCAUUAAGAAAUCAAUUAAUUUCUACGUAUCAAGUAGAUUAUAUCGGAGCUCCUCAAGGAUUUCCAUUACCAUUGGCUUAUAAUCGAUCACGUUCAUUUUGGCGUAAUCGAGCUCAUCAUACUCUUGAUACUGAAUAUCGAAAUUCUUAUGAAAAAGCUCUUCGAGCAACGGCAGCUCCUCCACCUGGACGUUAUAAAUUUAGUUAUCGAAUACCGGCCGAUGCAAUUAUUCCACUUACAUUACCUAUGUGGAAAAAAAAUAUUUCAAAAUCGACAUAUACAAGAGAUAUUAGUGAAAAAGCUCCAUCACAACUUUAUAUGAAAGAUUUCGUUGAUUCUCUUAAUGGACCUAUGGAUCAAUAA